UUUUUCUUCUAUUCUAGAGGUAUAUCACUUAAAUUCAAUAAUUAUUGUGAAUUUCCACGUCAUUUGGAUAUGUUACCAUAUACUGUGCAAGGUUUAAAAGACACUAUGGAUUCAUCAUACGAUGGAGUCAAUGAUGAAGACGCCAACAACACUAAUCAUGCUGAUAAUGCUGAUCACUCUGUCACCACUACUGAUAAUAAUACCAAUGGACAGCUUAAACAAGUAAUCAGCAUUAUCAAUGAUGAAAAUCAACAUGAUCAUGGCAAGCAGAAUAAUGAUAAUAACACUGAUAUUAAUCCAUGUACAAAGUAUAAUUUACGCGGUGUUGUUGUACAUAGUGGUCAAGCAUCAUCUGGACAUUAUUAUUCAUUUAUUCGACAUUAUCAGCCGAAAACCAAAACAUACAAAUGGUAUAAAUAUGAUGAUCAUAAUGUCAUUCCGGUUCGAUUAGAUAAAGACGAAGAGGCUGCCGAUCAAUGGUUUGGUGGUGAAUGGAAAGCUCCUCCAUCACAUGAUAUACCAACAAAAUUUAGUCAUUUACGUUCUGGUAAACGUUGGUGGAGUGCAUAUUUAUUAUUUUAUGAACGUGAAGAUUUUCAUGAACAAAUUAAGAAAAAUUUAUCAAUACCUAAAUUAG